AUGGACAAGCAAGCACAGAAGAGAAGGCACGCAUCAGUGGUGCGAACAUUAAUUCACUUCGGCAAGAUGAGGAUUAAGAAGAAACCUCGACAUGAGAAGCACAAAUCUCCCAGGCCGGGACCACUGAUAAGGAGGAUUCUACUUAAUUCUGCUCAAGUAGUGGCCACGCCAAGCAUCAUGUCAUUACAGAGGCUAAAUGCUACAAAUAUUAACAGAAUUGCUGUCAACGUUGGGGGAACAAAAUAUGAAAUUGCCAAGAAAAAUUUGGAGAAGUUCCCAGAUACGCUUCUCGGUAGCGACAGGAAAAAUUUCUUCUACGACAAAGACAGAAUGGAAUACUUUUUUGAUCGCGAUCCCGUGAUUUUCAAGAGCAUAGCUGAGUUUUAUCGUGUCGGGUCAUUUCACGUUUCAUCUCCGACAGCGAUCUGCAUGGAGGAAAUUUUAGAUGAGCUAGCCUUUUUUGGAAUUCCUCAACACCACGUCUCCGAUUGCUGCUGUGAGCAUAUUAUCCUUGGAGACGAGGAGCAAGAGAAAAUGAAGAAACAAGAAGAAGCUGUCGAAAGUUCCAAGCACGCCAAAAAGCAAGGUUUAUGGACCGCUCGAGAGAGACUAUGGGAAUUUCUGACCAACACGAAGAGUUCAAAAGCAUCAGCUAUCUUCGGCUAUCUAUUUGGAGCGGUAGUUGCUCUCAAUAUCUCAGCCAUCGUUGCGGAAACCGUGCCUACCAAGUCUGGCAAAAAGCAACGUGAAGUACAUCCCACCAUCUUCUUCGGAAUCGACUCUUUUUGUGUUGCCAUUUUUACUGUGGAGUACAUAGCACGCCUAUACUCAGCUCCAAAUAGAUUUGAAUUCGCACGCGACAUGUCAAAUAUCAUCGACCUACUUGGAAUAAUUCCCUACUACACUGGGAUAGUAGAGCAUGGCGUCCAAUCUCACAAUCCUGUGUUGGGCUUUUUUGUGACUGUAUUUCGUACUUUCAGAGUUUUUCGCGUCACAAAAUUGGCUAGGCAUUCGGAAAGGUUCCAAAACUUGAUAUUGUCUGUUAAAGGAGCAGCGACAGAGCUUGGUGGAAUUCUGUUUUCGUUUCUUGCCUUGAUGGUGACUUUCUCGUCCAUGAUGUAUUAUUUUGAAAGAAAAGAAGAAGAUACUAAAUUUAUAAGCAUUCCAGCAGCUUUUUGGUACACCUUGGUUACCAUGACAACCCUUGGGUAGGUGCCCUGCACCCUGGGGGUACUUCCAAUAAUGACCUACACGGCGUGGCUCCGCCCAAGGGGCAUAUUUAUCGGGGAGCUUUAGGUAUAUCCAAGGGUGGGGAAUUCACAAGUUGAAGUAUAUGAAAGGGAAGGGAAAUCUAUCAUUUAGGUAUCCAAAAUGGGCCUUUAAUUCAAAUGUUUUGAAAAGAUGCGCCUUAUGGUUUAGCUUGAGAAAACGGCCAACAUGUCUGAUUUGGGAAAACAAAAUAUAAAAGCUGAAAAAGGUCUACUACCGCGCAACGCCUUUUGAGAAAUUCUUCUGUUUUUUUAUUGCGCCAAAAAAAACGUCCCGUGUAGCACGUCCGACUCCAACGGAUCUCGCACAAUUGCGGUGCGCUAAAAAGUUUCGUUGAAAUCGUCCCGUGUAACAUCUCCUUAAACUUGGGCAAACGGCCAACUUGCAACGCUGUGUUGAGCUAAAAUCUUCUUUGCGAAUCUUCCCAUGUAAAAUCACCUUUAUAAAUGUUGUUGUUAUUUCAGUUAUGGGGAUAUUGUUCCAAGCACACUCAAUGGACAGCUACUCGGCGCUGCGUGUGCUUUGAUGGGUGUAGUGCUGCUGUCGUUGCCCGUGCCAAUUAUUGAGAGACAGGUAAUUCAAAUGAAUAAGACGCAUUUGUCAAGUCAGCUACAACCCCGGACAAAACCUGUUGAGACAAAUCGCGAAAAUGCCUAUUUUUUCCUGUCAUCCCGGCAAAAACUGAAACCGCCGCCAAAUGAAUGCCCGAUUUCCCCCCUCCCCUUAUCCAAAGUUGUUUAGGAUAGCAUGGCAAUUAUACACGUUGGUUUUUAGACCAAGGCAACUUUGAAUAGGGGGUGGGGAGGGGGUUUACUUUUUGUGUUUCGGGGAGACGGGAGUAGGGCACAAAAGUUAGAAAAUAGAUGGAAUUGUCUCAACAGUUUUGUCCGGGGUUGUAGUCCUUUGAAGGUGGUCUACUUUGACCGGUCCGUUCAUUUCGGUCGGUCAGAAUGAAAUGUCCCUUUCUAUUUGACAAAAUUAAAAAUUGUUGUCCUCAGUAUCGCUCUUCCGUACCCUGCUUACAAGUACAAUAACCAAACUCACGGUGUCUCUGUUGAGGUAUGUGCAAUCGGAUUGAGAACGUGGAAUUUCCGAAAAUUUAAAGCGUUAUUUUUGGUGAAUGAAAAGCGGCCUUUGGAACGUGAAAAAGGUGUUUCUGCAUGUGGGCGGGUUUGUGAGCGGACUAAGGUAUUUAAAAAAGAUGCUUAUAGGCUCUCCCCUUCUCUCUUGCUGCCAUUUGUCACUACUCGCCCGCUUUUUCGCUCGUAAUCUGCACUGGCCACCGUCUAGGGACCAGACAAUAUUAAGCUCAUUUUAUUUUUAUUGUUAUUUUGAAUUUUAAAAUCAUAAAUGUACACAAAAGAAAUUCUUUUUUUUAACCCAGCUGAAUGAAUUCGCACGGAAGCCCAAGCCUAAAACAGACGAUACUGUAGCAAGAUUAGCUGCAUCUGUUCCUCUUCUGACUCAUGAUUCGUGCCCGAAACACAACGGGUACAAGAGAAAAACACGACUUGUGCGCGUACCAGACUCACGAACAACAUCCAUGCUCGUAGAGGUUGACAACUCGUUUGACAGCACGACCGAUAGCAGCGGCACAAGUUUUAAAAGUAGUUUUGGGAGUCUCCAUGACAUAAAUAAAGUUAGCGAACCUUUAAUUGAAGAACAGGAUUUCCCGGACGUGAAUGGAAAUCAAAACAUGUCAAGCAGAGACGCACGACGCAGACAUAAGAAUUGGCAUGGUAACGGUGAUGUAUCGACAGGUGUGGGAGAUGGUAUUUUUACAGACUCUCGAGACUCUUCGCAGUAUUUUCCAGUAUGUCGCCAGUUGACAAACUCAAGCAGUGACGAAGCUGUGGAGGAGGAGAAAACGCCAUCUGAAUCUUUCGGUGAAGACGACGAGGAGAAAGAAAUGAUUCCGAUGAAAAAGCUGAGACAUCACCGGUCAUUUGACCCGAGCAAAUUUCUUCACGUUGCGGCGCCGCGUAACUGCCAUAGCGUUGGAGAUCUGGCAUGA